AUUCUCGACGACACGGCCCGUUGCACAUUUGAGUCUGCCGAAUCGCUCGCAACCGCCUCGGGGUUCUCCCUAUAUUUUCAGCACAACGUUUUGAACAAUGAGAGCGUGGAAAAGUACCGGAAGGCCAUUUCCAUCUCUCAGACGGAAGACUUGGGGCAGCUGUAUGCGGACAUGCGGAAUGUGAAAAGGCUAUAUGGCGGUGGUGGCAAAGUACACGAACCCCGUGGCCGUCGUCAUGGCUCUCCGCCCACGAGAGACCGCCGCAGUUCCCCUGCUUCAGCCACGACGGCGUCGUGCGGUAGCACCCUUCCCUUUGAGACUGUUCCGCGUGACGAACAAGAGUCGCCGCCGCCGUAUGAUUGUCUGAGUGAGGGACAGUCACCGGGGGUUAGUUCCGACGCCGCAGCCGCAGGCAUUCUCGCCAAAAGCCCCCGUGCCGGCCUUGCUCCACCGGACUACUGUGAUACCGAACGCUGGCACGACGUCCUGGGCCCCUUCCAGCGCGGCUGCUGCGGAAGCGAAGAUACCGACAUGCACUUGAUUGCCAGUGCCAAAAGAAAACGUCCACUUACCGCCUUUCGACAAGAAAAGGUAUGGCGAUCUCUACUCGGCGACAAGAGCCAUGUCGGGAAUCUCGAACUGCAAAGCCGAGAUAUCGAGUUGCAACGCCAAGAUAUCGAGUUGCAACGUCAACAGAUCGAGGUGCAACACCAAGAAAUCAAGUUGCAACGUCAACAGAUCGAGUUGCAACGUCAACAGAUCGAGUUGCAACGGCAAGAAAUCGGACAGCUACAAAAUAAUGUAGAGGAACUGCGGAGGCAGGUUAAAAGUCUUGAGGAACGAGAUGAGGCGCUGGAAGAAGACUGUUCAAAUUUGAAAGAGCGUGGAGACCAAACUGAUAUUGACAUCGACGAUCUAUCUACUGAUAUAUUAAACCUGGGUGACAAAUGUGAGGAGGCCGUAGAAAAAAUCGCAGAUGUUCGUGAGGAGUUCGAGGGCUUAAAGGGAGCUAUGGAAGGCAAAUGCGGGUCAUUCAUGGACAGAGUGACGGAGGACAUGGAAGAGCGCGUUGUGGCUCACAUGAACGAAAUGAAAGAGAGGCUUCGCCAAGCCCUGCAAUAG